CACCCCCAUGUAGACAUGACAGAGGUUAUCCUCCGACUUGGAAAGGGAGUUUACGGCGUUUCCAACAGAACAUGCCAUCGCUCUCUGCUAGAAAUACAGAGAGGGCAGUGCGAAAGGUUGACCCAUGUUUUGUCGUUAUCGACGAGAUCUCCGUCUUGUGGUUUUCAGAGCGGUCAACCUGUUAACAGUGACACAGUUGUCAAAGGUGGAUGUUAUGCAACGGCACAGUCACCGUGCCCCGGCAGGUUGGGGGGAAGUGAAGGCGUCGCUAAAUCGCUGCAUGACCUCGGACUGAGCAGAGAGGGAUUUCUCCUCAAACUCACAGAGGACCACACUGUGGACAGGCGUCUUUUCGACACACGCACCGUGGGACGAUGUGCACGAUACAGGCGUGGUUCGGCCGCACGCCGUGCGUAUUCGCACCGGUCUAAACUCCGGAGGACUUCUCCCUUUUCCGGAGCUGGUUUUGCGCAACGACGACAGAAUCUCGACAGUCACCUUUUAUUUGGGUGCGAUACGAUUAUAUUUACCAGACACUAUAAUGGCAACGGGGGCAGGGCCGACGCGCUAUAUAAAACCAAAGCUGGCUAUUAUAACAUCCUUGAAGUGUCCCCUGAAGCCACGCAGACUCAGAUCAAGACCGCCUACUACAAGCAGUCGUUUAUUUACCACCCGGACAAGAACGCAGGAAGUGAGGAGGCCACUGCACGUUUCUCGGACAUCAACGAGGCCUAUCACGUGUUGGGCAACAAGGCACUGAGGAGGAAAUACGAUCGGGGCAUCUUGACCCAGUCCGAUUUGACCUCGGCCACCACCAGGUCCACUGCAAAGGACAGCGGCAGCUCCGCCAAACAACAAACCAGAACCCGUCACUCCGUCGUGGGCACGGACAGCCAGAGCACCUACGACUUUGACAACUUCUUCAAGUCACACUAUGGCGACCAGCUUCAGAGAGAGAAAGACCUUCGGUCGCGGAAAAUGAAGAUGCAGGAGAUGAAAGAAGCCCACAUCAGUGAGGUGAAGCUGGGCAAAAUAGAAGCGAUGGUUGUCGGGGCGCUGAUAGUGAUAGCCGUAACUAUAGUGAUCCGUUUGAAGGGGUAGUGAGUGAAUUGAUGUGGAGAGGAUGAAAAGGAAGGGUUCGUUUAUUUUUGCUCGUAUGAUUCAUAUUGGUUGUUCGGGAAAAAUGGGAUGGACUUUUAUCAUUUUCAACAUCUUUUUUUUUUAACUUAAACGUUUAUUUGGGAAGGGACACUGUACAUUAAUCAACAUUCGAAACAAAUGUAAAUAUUCCUGAGUUAGCUAAUAGGCUAGUUUCCAUCGGCAGUCCCUUUGCCUGAUGUUGACACCUUUUCAGAUGUGAGUGUCCUCCUGACAGCUUCUACCCUCAAGGACAAUUACCGUAACAGGUGUAUUAAGAAGGAAUUCUUCCGUUUAUCAGCAAGGAACAAGCUGGCUUUUCCACCUAGUAGAUAAUGUGCAUAUAAUGCAUGGGGGAAAAAACAUUUUAUUCUGUAUCUUGUACACACAGUUUGGUUGGUAGGAAACUGUACAAAUGACACAUUUGCACUGUAGUGGUGGUUGAUUCAACAAACACCAGGUGAACGUAUUGGCCAAGGAAGUAUCAAUGGUUGAUUUCCAACCUUUGUGUCUUUAUCACUACAAUGGCUUUUAUAAAGUCGUCUGACAAGCAGAAAGCUUUAUUAGUAUUGGUAAAACAUUAAGGUUUGGACAACGUGUUCUUACAUUUUUUCUAAAUAGGGUAUUUGAAAGAUGCGUGUGACGCAUUGCUUAGGCUGGUAGCCUAUUAAGGUUGUACUUUAGUGCAACUUCACAAAAUUGACCCAACUGUGUCUUGGGAGGCCACCAAGUAAGGCCUCCUCAGGAUGAUUUGAAUGAGUUAUUUGGCUGAAAAGAAGCAAAGAGAUUCUGUACAGUUCAGCUGAAGAUAUUUAUUGUGAAAAGUCCAGAUAUGGCAUUUUCUCCUGAUAUUCAAAAUAAAUUAUGUACGAGAAGUGCUUUUUGGGGCACAGAGAAAUGUGUGGGUCUUUGAUAUGUAUGCACCUCAGUCUUCAAAUUGUCAGCAAGCAUCAAUCUGCCCCUGAGUGAUAA